AUUCUCUCUUGCACUGUGGCCCCGAUUCCGAACUCUUCCCAGUUUAUCUUCCACUUGGAGAAGAGGAAAAUGAUUUCAUUUUACAAAUAACAAUCACUGUUAGCAACAACUUUGGGGAGACAGUUCAAACUAAUGCUUCUGUGAAGGUUGGACACGCAGAUAUGACCAAGGGGAACCUGACCCUGCAGACCAUCGUAUCCGAGAAGGCCAACAUCAUUCUCAAAGAUGGAAACAGCAGCAGGAGUCUGUUCCAGCUGUAUAAGUCCGUGACCUCAGUUCUUAAUCAGGAGACCCAAGAGGAAAGUCUUAAUACAUCUUUACAGACAGACACACGAAAAGAGCUCCGGGGGUUGAUGUUGACUACUCUGUCUGCUGUUAACGUAACAUCAGUGCAAACUGCCCUUCAGAUGUCAGAAGUUUUGAAAGAAAUCACUUACAGGAGUGAAGAGCUCUCUGUCUCAGCACAGGUAGAAGCCAGCAACACUCUAAAAGACGUCAGUGCUUCCUUGCUUACUGUAAACACAGAGGACAGCAGAGAUGAUCAGAAGAGAAAGGAUGCAGUCAACUACCUAUUUAAUGCAGUUAGCAAUGUGCUUAAAGCUUCUGUACAAAACAGAGAUGUGAAUACUUCAGUGCCCGAGGCAGAACAGAGUUCAGUGUCACUCCAGCUCUUGAAUACAGUUGAAAAUCUACAGAGUGCCCUUCUGUUUGGGAAAGACCCAGAUGAUGAACCAAUGGUCCUUACCACUCCUUCUGCCACAAUGUAUAUUAACAGAUUACAAACAGAGAGCAUGGACGGGACAUCCAUUAAUGUCUCCAAUUCCAGCUCUGCCAGCUUUACUCUCCCACCUGCUUCCUCCCUCAGCAUUGCAGGAGUUGAUGAUGAAACAGUGGAUAUAAGGAUGGUGAGCUUUGCAGCAAACCCCUUUUUCUCCAGUGACACCAGUUUUGAUAUCAGCGGAACAGUGGGAGGUUUAAGUCUUACCGGUCUGGAUGGCUUGAUCAUACCAGUCAGCAAUCUCAAAGAAAACAUUGAGAUUAUGCUACCAAGGCUUUCAGGAAGUCAGGAAGACAGGAUUCUUUUGACUUUAUGCAAUUUUAGUGCUUUCCAAGUCAAUGUCACUUCAGAAAACACAUCCAUAGUGAUCCACCUGGAAUCUGAGCAAGAUAUUCCACUGAUACUCUACUUAGGAUACGAAUAUCGUCCAAACGAAACUAAUUAUGAUAUGAAACAUCAUCUGUUCUGUAAGAAGACUACUGCAGGUGAGGAAAACACCUGGGUUCUUAGUCCAGAAGAACUCUUCUUCGGCGAGGGAACUUACUAUUUCCUGGUUGUGCUAGAUAUGGGAAUGGAUUCUACACUCAAUGACAGGCUAACUAUAGCUGUCACUUGCUUUGCAUCCCGCUGCGUAUUUUGGGAUGAGCACCAGGGGAAAUGGAGUAGCUAUGGAUGCCGUGUGGGACCAAAAACAAAUCCUAGAAGCACACAGUGCCUCUGCAACCACCUGACCUUCUUUGGGAGCUCCUUCUUUGUCAUACCCAAUGCCAUUGAUGUUAGCAAAACCGUGGAGCUAUUUGGUACUUUUGUGGACAACCCUGUGGUGGUGACGACUGUAGGAUGCAUCUUUCUGGUGUAUGUGCUUGUAGUUAUUUGGGCUCGAAGGAAAGACAUCCAGGAUGAUGCCAAAGUGAAAAUCACAGUCCUGGAAGACAACGACCCCUUGGCUCAGUAUCGGUAUCUUGUGACCGUGUUUACAGGACACCGCCGCGGGGCCGCCACAACCUCCAAGGUGACUCUCACCCUCUACGGCCUGGAAGGAGAGAGUGAGCCACACCAUCUAAGCGACCCCGACACACCAGUCUUUGAGCGCGGGGGAGUGGAUGUUUUCCUGCUCUGCACUCUCUUCCCUCUUGGAGAACUGCGGAGUAUUAGACUAUGGCAUGAUAAUUCAGGACACAGUCCGUCCUGGUAUGUGAAUCGUGUAUUGGUCCAUGACCUGGCAUGGGACCAGAAAUGGUACUUCCUCUGUAACUCUUGGCUAGCCGUUGAUAUUGGAGAGUGUGUCCUCGAUAAAGUGUUCCCAGUAGCUACAGAACACGACAUGAAGCAGUUCAGCAAUUUGUUUUUCAUGAAGACCUCCAAGGGUUUCCAAGACGGACACAUCUGGUACUCAGUUUUCAGCCGCUCCCCACGAAGCUCCUUCACACGAGCCCAGCGCGUGUCAUGCUGCUUCUCACUGCUGCUCUGCACCAUGCUGACGAGCAUCAUGUUCUGGGGAGUGCCAAAGGAUCCCGCAGAGCAGAAAAUGGAUUUGGGUAAGAUCGAGUUCACCUGGCAGGAGGUGAUGAUCGGCUUCGAGAGCUCUCUCCUCAUGUUCCCCAUCAACCUGCUCAUUGUGCAGAUCUUCAGGAACACCCGAUCCCGGCCAGCCACACAGGGGAGAGAGAAGAAGCCAGGGAAGUGCGGCCGCGUAUCGCCAAGCCUGCCUCCCGCCCGGCCCGUCACCCAGGCUGGCCGCCUCACUCCAGAGGCUGUGACAAAGGACAUAAGGAGAAUUGUCAGCUCCCUGUUUAAAGCCCUGAAGACUCCAUCACCCACCUCGGUAUCAGACCUUGGGAAAGCAACUAACAUCAACACACUUUUGGCACUGGUUGAGGACAUCAUCUGCCAGCAGAAUAGAGCUGGACACGAGUUUUAUGAUGACAGUAAAAAGAAGGAUGACCCUAUAAUUCUCACAAUAGGUGCUGUGGAUAUGCAAGAAAAAAGAAGCCCAACUCCAGAGAAGGGAGUGUGUGAGCGGCUGAAACACAGUGACUACAAUCGCUGCUUGUACGUGCAGCUCCAGCACGUGGAGAUGGAGCUGGAACUACUGGGGCCCCAUAAGUUUCAGGUGCCUCAGAGUUACACACAGGCUGUUCGGCAGGUUCAGCACAUGAAGAACCUCCUUGAGAGCCGGAUCUGCUCCUCAGCAUCCAGCAGUGAGAGUUUCUCCAGGGAUGGCAAGAAAGGCCCUUCUUCCAAGGGGCUGCCCUGGUGGUUUGUGUUCAUUGCAUGGUUCCUUGUUGCAGCCACCAGUGGUGUAUCCGGCUUCUUUACUAUGCUCUACGGGCUGCAUUAUGGCAAGGAGAACUCCAUCAAGUGGCUCAUCUCCAUGGCCAUUUCCUUCUUUGAAAGUCUUUUCAUCACACAGCCCUUAAAGGUGCUGGGAUUUGCUGCUUUUUUUGCUCUGGUUCUGAAGAAGGUGGAGCAGGAGGAUGAAGAAAAUACGGCCAUUGAUGGGUCUUUAUGUGCCCCAGGAGAAAGAGUGCUGUUCAACACCAGACGGGACAGCAGAAGCAACAUCUACCAGCCACCUCCUGCAUCAGAUGUUGAGAAAAUGAAAAUCAACUGCAUGAAGGAGCAAAAAGCAUUUGCCCUCAUCAGAGAAAUCCUGGCCUAUCUGGGAUUUUUGUGGAUGCUGCUAUUGGUUGCCUAUGGACAGAGAGAUCCCAAUUCCUACUACUUAAACAAGCACAUUGAGAACAGCUUUACAGAUGGAUUCCAGGAUAUCUAUAGUUACCAGGAUUUUUUCACAUGGGCAAGAACUACCUUAGUCAAAAAUCUUUACGGCUCAUACAAAGGAUUCAUUACAGAUGGCAAUUCCAAGCUAGUGGGUAGUGCCCGAAUUCGACAAGUAAGAGUGAAAGGAGACACAUGCCCCAUUGCUGCCAAGCUCCAGCAGGCGAUUCGGGAAUGCCGUGCCCCGUACACCUUCCAAACUGAAGACACCUCGGGUUACGGGGAACGCUGGAACGCUUCAGCUUUCCACAACUCCUCUGACUUGAGCUCAGCGUGGCAGUAUCAGAGUCAGGCCCAACUAAGAGGGCACCCAAUCUGGGGCAAACUUGCCGUCUACCGGGGAGGAGGAUACGUGGUUCACCUGGGGACAGAUCCUCAGAACGCCUCCAGAAUUCUCCAGUACCUUUUCACCAAUGUCUGGCUAGAUGCCUUUACAAGAGCAGUGUUCGUUGAAUUUACAGUCUACAACGCCAACGUGAAUCUUUUCUGCAUUAUAAGUCUGAUGUUUGAAACAAAUGCUCUAGGGGCCUUCUUCACAAGUGCAGAGCUGCAAAGCAUCCAGCUUUACCCAUAUACCAAUAGUCUCCAUAUCUUCGUCAUUGCAGCAGAAGUGAUUUAUUUCUUCUUUAUUCUCUACUACAUGGUAGUACAGGGAAAACUUAUGAAGACUCUGAAAUGGAGAUAUUUCCAGAGCAAGUGGAAUCUCCUGGAGCUGGCCAUUAUAGCGAUUAGCUGGAGUGCCCUGUCCGUGUUUGUGAAGCGGACAAUCCUAGGGACCCGAGACAUCAGCUACUACCAGGAGCACAAAGAGGAAUCUGUAAGCUUUAAUGAAACAGCAACAGCUGAUGCAGUUCUGGGUUACCUGAUUGCUUUCUUAGUACUUCUGUCCACAGUAAAACUGUGGCAUCUGCUGAGGCUCAACCCCAAACUCAACCUGAUCACUUCAACCCUACGCAGGGCCUGGGGUGAUAUCUCUGGGUUCAUCACUGUUAUUGCAAUCAUGUUCCUGGCCUAUUCCAUUGCAACAAACCUGAUAUUUGGCUGGAAGCUCGACUCUUACAAAACUCUCUUCGAUUCGGCAGAGACAAUGGUCAGUCUUCAGCUGGGAAUCUUCAACUAUGAGGAGGUCUUGGACUACAAUCCAAUUCUAGGCUCCUUCUUAAUUGGCUCCUGCAUCAUUUUCAUGACAUUUGUGGUGCUGAAUUUGUUCAUUUCGGUGAUCCUGGUUGCCUUCAGCGAGGAGCAGAAGCAUUACCAGGCUUCCGAAGAAGAGGAGAUUGUUGAUCUAAUGCUAAUGAAGCUCUUCAGUUUCUUUGGGCUUAAAUGCAAGAAGGAUGAGAAGCCGGUCACUAAUGAUCAACAGGACUAA